UUGGAAGAGAAUUCUUUGCCGGGUUUGUACCAUGGAAGGGGCUCUUGUUGAAAGAGGGUGGUGGGCUGGGUCAGGUGCUUUUGUGGGGACAUUUGUUAACCUCUCAAGUUUAAUGAUUCUUCGCGUCAUGAUCUUGCCGAUUUAAGUCUCAUUGACUUCAUUGGGAGAAUUAACCAUGUGCAUAAAUCUUUUCCACUGAAAUCCGUGGGCUUUAAAUGUGAUUAACUUUGGAUGGACUGUGCCCAUAGUGAUCCAAACAGGUCCAAUAAUGCUAUACACUGAAAAUACUUUCAAUGAACUUCUUAUCUGUAAAGAACAAGAACUGAAAGAGCUACAAGCUCAUCAAAUGCAUUUUCAGAAAACAGCACUGCAGGAAACCCAAAAACAACUUGAAGAAAUGCGUAGGAAAUUCAACAAAUUAAAGGAAGAUUUCACCUAUAACCUUAAAGUCUUGGGAGAAAGAGAUAAAGAGCUGGAGCACUAUGAUACCUUGUUUACCCAGUUGAAAAUGGUUGAAAAUGUGAAACAGGCAGAGGUUAGUGACCUUAGAAUACAGGUAGAUAAGCUGCAGCAAGCACUUGCUCGGGAAAUUAAAAAACAAGAGGCUCUUCAAUACCAAUAUCAACAAAAGCUGAAAGAACACCAAUUAGAGCUGGAGCGGCUUCACAGCUCUAAGGAUCUGGAUAUUAAUCACCAUCGUGAAGAGUAUGAGAAUAUGAAACAGCAACUGGAGAGAAAACUCCAGGAGGUGGAAGGUGAACUUGCUUUGCAAAGACAGGAACUUCUAGUGGAAUUUGAUGCAGAGAUGAAAAAGAGAGAGCAUGAGUUUCGACGGAAAGCAGAUGAAAUGAGCAAUUUAGUUCUGUCUCAUGAGCUUAAGGUUAAGUUGUUGACCAAGGAACUAGAGGCUUUGAAGGAGGCUGGGAUGAAAGCAGCAGAAUCCUUAAAAGUGGCAGAAGCAACUAAUUUGGAGCUGGAGAAGGAAGUCAAAUGCAAGGCUUGGGAAAUAAAAGAUCUUGCAGCCGUAAAAGAUGCUAAGAUACAUGAUUUAGAAGGCAAACUUGAUUCAGUGCAGCUGAGCUGGAAAAAAGAAAAAGAAACAUUUGAGAGAAAACAUGCAGCAAUAGAUCGCUUUGCCAGAGAAAAGGAUGCAAUCCUUGCUUCAGUGAAAGAGGCCCAUGCUGAACAAAUCCAUAAAUGGGAACAUCAGUUCCGAGAACUGCAGAUAAAUAAAGAAACUUUGGAAAUGCAACUACAUCGGGCUGAUUGGAGGCAUACAGAUAGCUUGAGAGAGAAAGAGGCUGUCAUUGAAAAACUUAAACAAGAGCUGGAAACACUGAAAACAAGCUGGGAUUCUCAAGUAGCUCAGAUCUCCAAGGAGACAGUCUCAAAAGACCUUCAGAUUCAAGCAUUUCAAGAAGAAGAGUUAAAACUGAGGGCACAACUGGCUAGCUUUCUACAAGAUACUGAAAGUUAUAAACAGCAGCUUUUACUAGCAAGAGAAAGAGAAGAGUCUCUGGAAAGAGCUAAAGUGCAAAUAGAGCUGGACUGCCAACGGCGUUGCGAGAAUGCUGAAAGAAAUCAAUAUCAGAAAUCGGAAGCUCUAAUACGGAGCCUGUCAACAGCUAGAGACCAGGUUACUGCUGAACUACGGGAGAAGGAACAGAAAUUACAUGAGCUGGAAAUUGUCCUAUCUGCUGUAACCCUUGAGAGAGACCAAACUGUGCAAGAACUUCAGAAGCAUGGUCUCUUGUCAAAAGGAAUUAAACAGGUUACCCUGAAGGAUAAUGAAGGAGCCAUCCAACAAGGUUUUCCUUCUGCUGAAAUCCAGAGACUACAGGAGCAGAACAUUACCUUGCGGGCUGUUAUUGCAGAAAUGAGGAGAGAAAUGGAGACUCUGAAUAUUCAGGCACCUCCUUCUGAUGGUACCAACAUGAAAACACAAGAUGCAGAUAGGAUGAACACUGUUGCAGUUUCUUUUACUCCUGACUAUGUUCAAUCCCUGGAGGAGGAGAUUAGAAAAUUGAAGGAAAAAUGUCAGGCAAUGGAGAAGCAACACAAAAAUGCAACCGAAAUUCCUGGAAAAUUAUUUGUGUCUUCUCUGAACCCAUCCAGUUGUGAUAGAAAUACUCAAACUUCCCAUCAAGGCCAUAUUUCCAGUGGAAACAGCGGUACAUUGCAUCUAGAUGAAAUUGUUCCUGAGACUGCACUGAGACAACAUGAAGUCAGAGCGCCUCAGGAGGAUUCUGUAAGAACACAAGACGUGCAAGUGAAUCUAGUGACCAAGAGGCCUCAGGACAAUUCUGUGCAGCUCAAGCAAAAGUUAUUUGACUUGGGGGCAGGUGAUGGGCCCUAUCAACAUACAGGAAACCGUGCAAAAGUACUGCAAAGUAAACUGAAAGAAGCUGUGAGAAAGAUCUGUAGCCUGAGCAAAGAGAAGCAACAACUACUAGAGAUGGUAAACAGACUUAGAGCAGAACUUGGAGCAGCUUCUAAAGGAGGAUUUAAGGAUGCCAAGAGCUCAAAUCAGCCUCAAGAUCACACUUUCCCUGGUACCCUCUGUCUUAAGGAAUUUGCCAGAGAGACUAAGCACCGUCUUUUAGCUUUAGAACAUCUUCAGUACCAGCUCACAACACAGGAAUUACAGUAUGCACAGCAAAAGCAUGCCUCAGGAAAAUGUUCUCAUUUUGUUGAGAGCUUAAAUAACAAAGAUGUUCCAUGUAACAGUAGUUGUAGCAAAGAAGUGGAAGUCCCUUUGAAACAGGAAUCAUUUGUUAGAAAUCACGAAACGGUCGUGUCAUGCCAGUAUCAGCCACUCAGAAAAGGAAGUACCAGGCAAUCCCAGGAAGGCCAGUUGUCAUCAUCAGGUGCUCAUAGUUCCCUGCAGGACAUAUGGCAGAUUCUAGAGAUGGGAUCAAGCCCUUCUAUUCUCAGCCCUCAGAGCAACAAUGAUCAAGAGAAACCUCAAGUGAUCCACGAUGCUGAAAGAUUUGAAAAUUGGGGGGAAGCCAAUGCAGAUAAUAUAGAAAGAGCACCAGCUGCUGCCUUGACUGUUCGAGGAACCAAGUUUGAUGUCCAGUCAAAGCUAAAACCUAACAAGGCAUCCUGCAGCCAAUUAAGAAAGCCCCGUACCUCACAACGGAUGACCAAAAUCCGAAACUACAAUGUAAAGGAUUGAGCUUUCAGUGACAUAUGUAAUUUUUUAUCAAAAAUAUGCAGAGUUUUGUUAUUAAGCUGUGUUAUCAAGUUGAAGUAUUAAUUCAUUUCAUUGGUACUUUGGUCUUGUAAUGAAAUGCAUUAGACAGCCUCCUCUUUACUUCUGAUAUGACAAUAAAACUCCAUUAUUGUA